AUGACCUCCACCAUGGUGCCCGCCGAGAUCCUGUUCUCCGUCGACGCACCGUCGUCGCAUGAGGACUUGGAUGCCUGGCUCGCUGACAACCUCCCCCAAAUCCUACAGGAGGUUCAGGUGAAUUUGGGCUUGCCGAAAUAUAGGAGUGUGCUACGUGCCGCAGCAGGUUUGGAUGCGGCAAUAAAGACCAUGGCUCGGCUUGGGGAGCAUCAAGCAUCGACUUAUGUGAAGAGGCCAAGAUUCAAGGAUUUAAAUUGUCAAGAUAUAUGGUUGUUGGGGAUUCAAUAUUGUGCCAUUGUAUUUAAAAUUUUGAAUGAGCUGUCUGCCAUUGUUUAUAUCACAUCUUCCUUUGCUAGACCACAUGAGCUGAUUCCAACUUUGGCCUCAAGUUGCUCCCGUCUAUGA